UGGCCGGAUUGGCUACAAAGUACGACGGCAAUCCGGGGAAUUGGUUGCUAUUUCCCUGCUCGCUUCUCUUGAUUGACUGCAAUGAUUCACCGCUAUAUAACCUCAGACGAUGAUCCCAACAUCCCCCAUUACAUCCACCGUGGACAGCAGACUCACCGCCUCAUCGACCACCGAAAAUGUCUUCCUCAGCACCUGCCAUCGUUUCUCCCGCUGUCAUCCACAGCAACAGAAGCUCUCUCGCGACGAUGAGCCCUGUCGGUGACCUGGGAUACAACUUCUCCCUCUCCUCCACUCGCCAGAGCCGUCAUGACCACCACCGCACCUCUGUGGAGAUGCCGCCUUCCUACCUAGAAUCGGACCCCGCUCCACCUCCAGAGUACACGCAAAAAGACGAGCCUGUCACGCUUGCGAUGUACCUCUUCAAGUUCGGUUUCUUGUUCCCACCAUUCUGGAUUAUGGGCGCGUUCAUCCUGUUUUCGCCCCUCCAUGAGCCAUCGUCGUCGCCCUCGGACGCGUGGCUUCCAGACAAGACCGAUGCCGAGAAGGAGAUGAUCAUCUCGAGGCUUAGGAAGGCAGAGGUGAAAUGGGCUCGACGCAGCCUGGUCGCAAUCGUUUUGUUGUUGGUCGUCGGCGUUGGCGUUGGGCUGGCUGUGUGGGCCGUUACGAAGGACUAGAAGAGUCUUCCUCUUCAUUCCAUUCUCCGCUGUGUCUGUCCCAUCAUUCUUCUCGGCAUUGCAUCGACCGUUCUCCUUCAUUCUUCUGCAUGCACACACAUUCAUUGUACCACCAUGAACCCACCACACUCGCUAUGACUUUUUUUUUGCACAUGUUGUAUCUCUACUAGCUUUGUCGCAUCUCUAGCUUUGUCGCGCUAUGUUUUCGCUAUGUUUAUUCGUAACUCGAUAUGUCUCCAUCAUGUACCACUUUCUUCACAACAGGCACAUAAAAUACUUUUUCCCAGGCACUUUGAGGCACUGGAUGAAAAAAUUUUCUGGCUUGGC